CGCGGCGCUGCCGGGCCGGUCCGCGGAGACCGGUUGACCGCCGCGGCUGCCAUGAUGCGGCGCCGUAAGGCCGAGGUGGAGCGGUACAUCGCCUCCGUGCAGGCCGCCGCGCCGUCCCCCCGCGAGAAAUCAAUUAAAGGAUUCUUUUUUGCUAAGCUGUAUUAUGAAGCAAAAGAAUAUGAACUUGCUAAAAGGUAUAUAUCAACAUACCUUAGCGUACAGGAGAGAGAUCCAAAAGCUCACAGAUUCCUUGGCCAGCUCUAUGAAGCUGAAGAUAACAUAGAAAAGGCUGUGGGUUGUUAUAAGCGUUCAGUGGAGUUGAACCCAACUCAGAAAGACCUUGUACUGAAAAUCGCGGAAUUAUUGUGUAAAAAUGACGUUACUGAUGGAAGAGGAAAAUAUUGGGUUGAGAGAGCUGCUAAACAUUUCCCUGGAAGCCCUGCUGUGUACAGAUUGAAGGAGCAGUUACUGGAUUGUAAAGGCGAGGAUGGAUGGAAUCAGCUUUUUGAUCUGAUUCAGUCAGAACUCUAUGCAAGACCAGAUGAUGUCUAUGUAAACAUCAGGCUAGUUGAACUCUACCGGUCAAAUCAGAGACUUGGAGAUGCUGUGGCUCACUGCUGUGAAGCAGAAAAGAAGAUAACUUCUCGGUCAAGCUUGGAAUGGUGUUCCUGCGUUGUACAGACACUUAAGGAAUAUCUGGAAUCUGUACAGGACUCAGAAUCUGAUAAAAGUAACUGGAGAACCACCAACAAGGAUCUGCUGCUGGCCUAUUCCAACCUUGUAGUAAUGAUACUUUCUACUAGAGACGUUCAAGAAAGUAGAGAAGUACUUGAAAGUUUUGAUAGCGCACUUCACUCUGUGAAACCGUAUGUGAAUGGGACUGAUGAACUGUCUGUGACUUUCAUGGAAAUGAGAGGUCACUUCUACCUGCAUGCUGGAACUCUGCUACUGAAAAUGGCUGAACACAGCGAGGCCCAGUGGAGAGCUGUUUCUGAACUGGCAGCUUUGUGUUACCUGAUUGCUUUUCAAGUUCCUAAACCAAAGGCAAAACUUAUAAAAGGAGACCAAGCCGGACAAGACAUACUAGAAAUGCUAGCUUGUGAUCGACUAAGCCAGUCUGGUCACAUGUUGCUAAACCUAAGUUAUGGCAAGCAAGACUUCUUGAAAGAGAUUGUGGAGUCUUUUGCAAACAAAAGCGGGCAAUCUACUUUAUUUGAUGCACUCUUUGAGAGAGGCAUUUCUAGAGAGCGAUCUUUCCUUGGCACAGAUGAUAUUGGAAACAUCAGUGUACAUCCACCGGAACGCAUGGAACUUGCUAGACAUGAUAUUGGUGCUGUUCGAAUGCACAACGGUAGUCUCCAGCACCUUAUAUGGCUUGGUUUACAGUGGAAUUUCAUGUCCAUUUUACCUGCAAUACGCCGGUGGUUAAAACAGCUCUUCCACUUGCCCCAGGAGACAUCAAGACUUGAGACCAACGCUCCAGAAUCAAUUUGCUUAUUGGACCUUGAGGUGUUUCUACUUGGGGUGAUAUUUACUAGCCACUUACAGUUGCAAGAAAAGUUUAAUACUCAGUACAGUUCACAUCAGCCGCAAUUUUUGCCUCUACCAGUGAGCAAACAGCUUUGUACUGAAAGACAGAGAUCCUGGUGGGAGGCUGUUUAUACUCUUCUUCACAAAAAAGCAUUACCUGGCACAGCAGCAAAAUUGAGGAUCCUAGUCCAACAUGAAAUAAACACUCUGAGGGCACUGGAGAAACCAGGCCUUCAGCCUGCCUUAAUCAUACAUUGGGCAAGGAGUCUGCAAAAGACAGGCAGUAGUCUAAACUCUUUCUAUGACCAAAGGGAAUACAUUGGCCGAAGUGUUUAUUAUUGGAAAAAAGUUUUACCUAUGCUGGAGACUAUCAAAAAGAAGAAAAGCAUUCCUGAACCUGCUGAUCCUCUGUUUAAACACUUCCAUAGUGUAGACAUCCAGCCUUCUCAAGUUGCAGAAUAUGAACAGGAGGAACGUAUAGCAUCUGCUAUGCUCGCUGCAGUUGAUGGAAGAACUGAAGAUGCCUUGCUAGCAUUUGAAAAUAUUAAGAAUGUUGUUUCAUACUGGAAUCUUGCACUAAUAUUCCAAAGAAAGGCUGAGGAGAUUGAGAGUGAUGCACUCUCACCAGAAGAACAAGAAGAAUGCAAAAAUCACUUGCGAAAGAGUAGAGACUAUCUAAUGAAGAUCAUUGAUGAAAGUUUUACAGACAUUUCAGUAAUUGAGAAGUUACCAGUGUCAAUAGAAACUGUGAAGGAGACGCUGGAUACAGUAAUUCAUGAACUUGGGGAUUAUGGUGAAGAAGGAAGCCCAGUCUUCAAGAAUGAUCUAUCUCAAGCUGCAGCUGCAGAAGUAAAACACUCUACUCCCUCACCAACAAAAUUUACUUUAUCACCAAGUAAAAGCUACAAGUUCUCUCCAAAGACUCCCCCUCGCUGGGCAGAAGAUCAGAAAUCCUUACUUCAGAUGAUCUGUCAGCAAGUAGAAGCCCUUAAGAAUGAGAUGCAUGAAAUGAAACUAAAUUCCAGCUCAAACUUGUCAUCUCAUCGGUGGCCUUCUGAAAGCUAUGGAGCAGAUACAAUGUCAGAUGGCUAUCAAGGAGCACAAAACUUUCACGGAGCACCAUUAACAGUUGCCACUACUGGCCCAUCUGUCUAUUACAGCCAGUCACCUGCAUAUAACUCUCAGUACCUUCUCAGAACAGCUGCCACCAAUGUAACACCAACAAAGGCUCCUGUCUAUGGUAUGAACAGGCUUACACCUCAGCAACAUAUAUAUGCCUAUCAGCAGCCAAUGCACACACCACCACUGCAGAACACUUCUGCAUGUAUGUUUUCCCAAGAAAUAUAUGGCGGUCCAUUGCGUUUUGAUUCUCCUGCUACUGGGCUUCUGUCUCCACGUGGUGGGGAUGAGUAUUAUAAUUACAGUGUUCCACAAGCAAGCUCAAAUCCACCAUUACCUGAACCAGGCUAUUUCACAAAGCCUUCAAUUGCUCCUCCAGCUGCAAAGCCUGCAGAACAAAAAGUGGUAGAAUUUGGGAAAUCUACCUUUGGGCAACCUGUACCAACAGAAGUAACAAAACCCUCUCUGAUGGCGCCAGCACAGUCCGCUCAGUCAACAACUUUUAAGUUCAACUCUAACUUCAAAUCAAAUGAUGGAGACUUCACAUUUUCUUCACCUCAAGUUCUAACACAGUCUUCCAACGCAACUUUUAACAGUAGUGAAAGCCUGUUGGGUCUUCUGACGUCAGAUAAACCUUUACAAGAUGAGCGGUAUACAGGACAAAAAACAGUUCCGGAUCAUACACCUAGCCAAAGAAAUGUCUUCAGUUUUGGUAAUAAAAGUAUUUCAGGCAUCCCAUUUACAGAAAACAUGGGACAAAACCAACCUAAAAAUUCUUUCUUUGGGAAAGGUGACACAGUUGGCUUCCAUGAAAUGGGAAAACCAGGGUUUGGGACCCCAAGUUUAGAUCUGGCCAACAAAAGUCAUGAAACUGAUGGCGGAAGCAUCCAUGGAGGUGAAGAUGAAGAUGAUGGUCCUCACUUUGAGCCUGUUGUGCCACUCCCUGAUAAGAUAGAAGUAAAGACAGGGGAAGAAGAUGAGGAAGAAUUCUUUUGCAAUAGAGCGAAGCUGUUCCGUUUUGCAGAAUCUAAAGAAUGGAAAGAAAGGGGCAUUGGAAACGUGAAAAUACUGAGACAUAAAAUAUCUGGCAAAUUUCGUCUACUUAUGAGACGGGAACAAGUGUUGAAAAUCUGUGCAAAUCAUUAUAUAAAUACUGACAUGAAACUGAAACCAAAUGCUGGUUCAGACAAAACAUUUGUGUGGCAUGCUGUAGAUUAUGCAGACGAAUCGCCAAAACCUGAACAGCUUGCCAUUAGAUUCAAAACGCCAGAGGAGGCAAUGCUUUUCAAAUGCAAAUUUGAAGAGGCACAAAAUAUUUUGAGAACAUCUGGAGCAACCACUCAGCACAUUGAAAGUUCCAGACAAACAGUCAAUCAAGAUAUCAAGGAGCCUUGCAAAUCUACUCCUGGACCCCUGAACUUUGGAUUUCAAUUUAAGAAAGAGGGAAUGUGGGAGUGUAAUCUCUGCCAGAGGAAAAAUAGUACAGCUUCAUCCCUGUGUACUGCAUGCCAGGCUUCAGUUCCAAAUACAGGUAGUUCCGUAAAAGGACCUGAUAGCAAGAGCAGUUUUAUAUCUAUGUUGGAUGUAUCCACACCAUCCUUUUCCUUUGGAAAGGAAAUGCCAUCUACAUAUACUGCUAGUGGAUUGGGCGAACAGUUUACGCCAAGAAAAGAUCAGUGGAAGUGUAGAUUGUGUUUCACUUGUAAUGAUGUAACAGCUAAGAACUGUAUAUCAUGUAAUGGUCCAAAUCUGAAUAAUAAGGAAACAUAUGUUGUACCAGUAGCUGAAACCGCUGCAGGUUUUAUAUCUAACACUGAGACCAUACAGAAUGCGUUUGGAUCAGUUAUUGUUAGAAAGGAAGGUCAGUGGGAUUGCAGUGUGUGCUCAGUGAAGAAUGAAGCAACAGCUGUAACUUGUGUGGCCUGCGAGAACCCAAAUCUGGCUAACAUGCAAAUGUCUGGUCAGCCUGCUUCCUUUAAAUUUGGCCAAGUGGAUGUUGAAAAGAGUUCAGAAAAUGAUCCUGCUUCUGCUUGCUCCAUAAAGGAGGGUCAAUGGUAUUGCAUGGUGUGCUUAGUAAGAAAUGAAGCAACAACAGUAAAUUGUGUGGCCUGCAAAGCUCCUCAUUCUCAAGAUCUGAAGGUCCCUGCGUCUACUGUUCAAACAUCUUCCGAAAGUAAACCCCCUAAAAAUGGAUUUGGAGGGCUCUUUGCUAAAAUGGAAGGACAGUGGGAUUGUCCUGUUUGUUUAGUACGGAAUGAAGCCACUUCUGCAACCUGUGUAGCCUGUCAAGCGGACAAUCCAAAUCAGGCUAACAUACCAAAGUCUGAUCAGCCAGACUCCUUUAAAUUUGGGCAAGCAGAUGUUGCAAAGAGAUCACAAAAUGAGCUUGCUUCUGCUUGCUUCGAAAAGGAGGGUCAGUGGUAUUGCAAGGUGUGCUUAGUAAGAAAUGAAGCAACAACAGUAACUUGUGUGGUCUGCAAAGCUCUUCAUUCUCAAGGUCUGCUGAAGGUCCCUGCGUCUACUGUUCAGACAUCUUCUGAAAGUAAACCCCCUAAAAAUGGAUUUGGAGGGCUCUUUGCUGAAAUGGAAGGACAGUGGGAUUGUUCUGUUUGUUUAGUACGAAAUGAAGCCUCUUCUGCAACCUGUGUAGCCUGUCAAGCGGACAAUCCAAAUCAGGCUAUUAACAUACCAAAGUCUGAUCAGCCAGGCUCCUUUAAAUUUGGCCAAGGGGAUAUUGCAGAGAGUUCACAAAAUGAGCUUGCUUCUGCUUGCUCUGGAAAGGAGGGUCAGUGGUAUUGCAAGGUGUGCUUAGUAAGAAAUGAAGCGACAACAGUAAAUUGUGUGGCCUGCAAAGCUCCUCAUUCUCAAGGUCUGCUGAAGGUUCCUGCGUCUACUGGUCAGACAUCUUCUGAAAGUAAACCCCCUAAGAAUGGAUUUGGAGGGCUCUUUGCUAAAAUGGAAGGACAGUGGGAUUGUUCUGUUUGUUUAGUACGAAAUGAAGCCUCUUCUGCAACCUGCAUAGCCUGUCAAACACAAAAUCCAUCUAGUAAACGUGGGGAUGCCACCUCAACUCCUGUAUUUGGCUUCAAGAGCAAAUUGUCUGAAUCUGCCGGAGGACAAUUGGGAACAGGUUUUAAGAGUGACUUUUCAGAAAAAGGCUUUAAAUUUGGUCAUGCAGAAGGAAAGGCACCUUCCUUCACAUUUCAGAUUCCUUCUGGUAGUGAAGCUAACCCUACAAAUGAAGGAUUUAACUUUUCUAUGCCUGUGCCUGCAGGUGGAUUUAAAUUUGGCAUACAAGAGCCUGGCAAAAAUAUUACAAAGAAAGAUGAGCCACCCAAAGAAAGUACAACAGGCUUCUUAAAAUGUCUUGACAAAAAGGAGAAAAGAGAUGCUCCUCUUUCAGAAGGUGGGGCUGGUAUCCGGUCUCCAGGAGCCUCUAAUAAGCCGACUGGUGAUUUAGUUUUUGGGCAGAAUAGCAGCACUUUCACUUUUGCUGAUCUUGCAAAAACUACUUCUGGAGAAGGAUUCCAGUUUGGGAAAAAAGAUCCAAACUUCAAGGGCUUUUCAGGUGCAGGUGAAAAACUGUUUUCCUCACAGAGUUCUAAAAUGGAUCACAAAGUUAAUACUGCUGAUCUAGAGAAGGAUGAUGAUUCAUAUAAGACUGAGGAUUGUGAUGAUAUUCACUUUGACCCAGUUGUCCAAAUGCCUGAAAAAGUAGAACUAGUAACAGGGGAAGAGGAUGAGAAAGUACUCUAUUCACAAAGGAUAAAACUCUUUAGGUUUGAUGCAGAAAUAAGUCAGUGGAAAGAACGAGGCGUGGGCAACUUAAAAAUUCUUAAAAAUGAAGAUAAUGGCAAGCUAAGAAUUCUAAUGCGACGCGAACAGGUACUAAAAGUAUGUGCAAACCAUUGGAUAACUACUACCAUGAACUUGAAACCUCUGUCUGGCUCAGAUAAAGCAUGGAUGUGGCUAGCCAGUGACUUUUCUGAUGGUGAUGCAAGGCUGGAGCAGCUAGCAGCUAAAUUUAAGACACCAGAGCAGGCUGAGGAAUUCAAACAAAAAUUCGAAGAGUGUCAGAGGCUGUUGUUGGAUAUACCACUGCAGACCCCACACAAACUUGUUGACACAGGUAGGACAGCUCAACUUAUACAGAAAGCAGAAGAAAUGAAAACUGGAUUGAAAGAUCUCAAAACGUUUUUGACAGAUGAUAAAACGAAACUUACAGAGGAAGAGAAAAGAAGCUCACCUUUAGCCAUCAGUACUUCUGACUUGGUUAUAAAGCCACAUGCGGAAAGCACUGCACCUACGUUGGAAUGGGAUAACUAUGACUUGCGUGAAGAAGCAUUGGAUGAUAGUGUUAGUAGCUCUGUGUAUGCAUCGCCUCUGGCAAGUAGUCCUGUAAGAAAAAAUCUGUUCAGAUUUGGGGAAUCUACAACUGGAUUUAACUUUAGCUUCAAAUCUGCCUUAAGCCCCUCAAAGUCUCCUGCCAAGCAGAACCAGAGCAGAUCAUCUGUAGGCACUGAUGAAGAGUCUGAUAUCACUCAAGAAGAAGAAAGAGAUGGACAGUACUUUGAACCUGUGGUACCUUUACCUGACCUUGUAGAAGUGACAAGUGGUGAAGAAAAUGAGCAAGUUGUUUUCAGUCACAGAGCUAAACUCUAUAGAUAUGACAAGGAUGCUAAUCAGUGGAAAGAGAGGGGUAUUGGGGAUAUAAAGAUUCUACAGAACUAUGACAACAAACAAGUUCGUAUAGUAAUGAGAAGGGAUCAGGUAUUAAAACUCUGUGCCAAUCAUAGAAUAACACCAGACAUGAACGUACAGCAGAUGAAAGGAACUGAUAGAGCAUGGGUAUGGACUGCCUGUGACUUUGCAGAUGGGGAAAGAAAGAUGGAGCUCUUAGCUGUGAGGUUCAAGCUUCAAGAUGUUGCAGACUCAUUUAAGCAAAUUUUUGAUGAAGCAAAACAUGCCCAAGAAAAAGACACCUUGAUUACACCCCUCUCUUCACGUGCCAGUACUCCAAAGGAAUCUCCGUGUGGUCAAAUUGCUGUAGUUGUGCUGGAGGAAACCACCAGGGAGAGAACUGAUCAGAUCCAUGAUGAGGAUACCUCUGAUGUGACUGUAGAGGCAUCAGAGGUGUCGAGCACUUCCGAAACACCAACAAAAGCAGUGGUUUCUCCUCCUAAAUUUGUAUUUGGCUCGGAAUCUGUCAAGAGCAUUUUUAGUAGUGAAAAAUCAAAGCCAUUCACAUUUGGAAAUACUUCAGCUACUGGAUCUCUGUUUGGCUUCAGCUUUACCCCUCCUUCAAAAAAUAAAACUGAAGAUGCUAGUUCAGUGUCACAAAAUACAAUGCAGAGAGAACUCAAAGUAACUGAACAUCAGAAAAGCCAUGCUGUUAAUCAGAAGGCUUCAGACGGCAAGACGGAAAACAAUUCAGUUUCUUCAACGGAAGAGUCUUCAAAUUGCACAUUUAAAACACUAGAAAAAGUUGAGAGCAAAAAGGAAUCCCCUGUAGAAACUCAGUCUGAUGAUGUGCUCAUUGUGUAUGAAUUGAAACCUACACCUGAACAGAAGGCUCUUGCUGACUCUCUUAAACUCCCUUCAACAUUCUUCUGCUACAAGAACAAGGCUGGUUAUGUCAGUGAAGAGGAUGAUGAUGAAGAUUAUGACACAGCUGUUAAGAAACUGAAUGGAAAGUUAUAUGCUGAUGAUCCAGAGGAAUGUACAUCUUCACAAGAUCCAGUGAAAGGUAUGGCCUGUGAGGAUGAACCAAAGAGUGAGAGAGAGUGCGUCAUUGUUUGGGAAAAGAAACCAACUCCUGAGGAGAAGGUCAAAGCAGAGACUCUAAUGCUCCCUUCAACAUAUUUCUGUGGUGUCGGCAGUGAUACUGAUGAAGACCAUGACAAUCUGGAAGAUUUUCAUACAGAACUGAUGAAAAAAACUCAAGAAGUUAAAGAGUCUCAAGAAAAUGAAGUUACCAGUUCAUCUGAUGUAGUCUUUACCAGGGAAGUAUCUGUUCCCUCAAUCAGUGAGGAAGCAAUAUCUGUUCAAUCAACCAUUACAUCUGAAGAACCAGUGUCUACCACAGAAUGUACACAUGUAUCUCAGACUUUAUCAGGGACUGAUGACAAGCCUGUGGAUUUGUCAACUAAAAAGGAAAAUGAUCCAGAUUCUACAGACUCAACAGUUCAAGGAACUGGACCCCUCUCAUUUGGAUUUGACACUGCUGCUGGCUUGUCAUUUGCUGAUCUGGCUUUAAAAAAUUCUGGGGACUUUGCUUUUGGUUCUAAAGAUAAAAACUUCAAGUGGGCAAAUACUGGAGCAACAGUAUUUGGAGUACACGCAACCAGUAAAGGAGAGGAAGAGGAUGGUAGUGAUGAAGAAGAGGUCCAUAGUGAAGAUAUCCACUUUGAACCUAUAGUGUCCUUGCCAGAGGUGGAAGUUAAAUCUGGAGAAGAAGAUGAAGAAAUUCUCUUCAAAGAGAGGGCAAAACUCUACAGAUGGGACAGGGAAGUGUCUCAGUGGAAAGAACGUGGAGUUGGAGAGAUCAAGAUCCUCUUCCAUACCCAGAAGAAAUAUUACAGAAUUCUGAUGAGAAGGGACCAGGUUCUCAAAGUCUGUGCAAAUCAUAUUAUCACAAAAUCCAUGAACUUAAAGCCCUUGAAUACAUCAAACAAUGCUUUAGUUUGGACUGCCGCAGAUCACUCUGAUGGUGAAGGAAAAGUAGAACAACUUGCGGUCAGGUUUAAAAACCAAGAAAUGGCUGAUUCUUUUAAGAGGAGAUUUGAAGAAUGCCAACGAAGCUCAUCAGAACUGCAGAAAAAACAUGUAUCCUUGGCAGCAGGACUGUCAAAGGAGAGCAACCCUGUAGUGUAUUUUGAAGUUUCUGCUGAUGAUGAACCAAUAGGACAUGUAACCAUGGAACUCUUUUCAAAUAUUGUUCCUCGCACUGCUGAAAACUUCAGGGCCCUGUGCACAGGGGAAAAAGGAUUUGGGUUCAAGAACUCCACAUUUUUUAGAAUAGUUCCUGAUUUUAUGUGCCAGGGAGGAGAUAUCACUAAACAAGAUGGAACAGGUGGACGAUCCAUUUAUGGAGAGGCAUUUGAGGAUGAGAACUUUGAAGUGAAACACACUGGUCCUGGAUUACUCUCAAUGGCAAAUAGGGGCCGAGACACAAAUAAUUCUCAAUUUUUUAUUACACUUAAAAAAGAAGAACACUUGGACUUUAAACAUGUGGUAUUUGGAUUUGUGAAGGAUGGCAUGGAUGUUGUGAAAAAGAUGGAAUCUUUUGGUUCUCCCAAGGGAGCAGUGAGCAGAAGAAUUGUUAUUACAGACUGUGGACAAAUAUAGAAUCAUUGCUUUAACCUCAUACCAAUAAUCUUUUAACAGCCUAAGUUGAAGUUUACCUGUUGGCCAAUUAUGUUCAGCAUUUUGAAAUGAACACUUCUGAUGUAUAAAUGUAAAAUUUACAGCUUUAUAGCCAAGUAUUUUUUUUUAAUGUGUUCUAAUUGAUUUUGCAUGUUGUGAAAUAAAACAGUUCAAGCACUGGUGCAUUUCAGGUGUAUUUGUUAUUCUGACAUUUGUAUUAAAUGUCCAUUUUCAAAUUAAAUCCUAGUCUUGUUAAAGCAAUGGUCUGUGUCUUCACUUUGGUUUGUACAAGGAAUAUUACCGUUUCAGCUAUUCUGGCUUGCUGCUCUGAUGUAUCAAUAUCUUGAGUAAGAGGAUUUAGUAUGGAAGUGCUGGAGACGUGGAAACGGCUAAUGGAUUCACCUUUUAACAUCAUCCCUGUAAGCAGGACCACUUUGUUUUAUACACUAAAGGCUUGUAUUUGCUACUUGGUAGUGUUGUGAGUUGUAUUUGGGUACCUGAACACUGUUGGUAAAUUACUGCCUGUGUAAGGUUGUUAUAGGCUUUCAUUGUCAAGAUCUAAUGGAUACAUUAAGGUCUCUUUUUGUCAUUAGGCUUUUCUGCACAUAUUAUUCCUAUGUACAGAGGAUACUACUAAUAAAAUAUUUGACUAUAGGAUAAAUGAACCUAGUAACACUUAUUGGGUGGGAAAACUGGAAACAAAAAAACAAACCCUGAAAAUUACUGUUCUGCAGACUUUUAUCAAAUGUUACCGGGUGACCUUUUUGUCACCAUGCUGCUUGAAUCGUUUGGGGCAAAUGCAGUUUUUAGUUCUUUUUAUGAUAGCUUGUUUCUACUGAAUGGCAAAUGUUGGCUUAAAUUUAGUACAGAGCAACAAAGUAAUUAUGUGUAAAUUACACUUAUUAAGUAAAGAGGGUUUUUUCUGUUAAACCUUUAUAAACAUGAUUAAUGAGUUAAAGCAAUUUAAUUACGAAAGUUUUGUGAAGUAUGUAGAUAAUGUGCAAAUCCUUCAUAUAUAAAAGGCAAUCUUUUCACUUUUAAUAAAAUACGUUCUUUAUAAUGUCA